AUACUAUAUACGUGCAAUGGAGAACUAAACUCGCUUCAUCAGGGUCAACGAUUGAUUUGGAACGAGACUGCACUGAUCUGGUCCCGCGACUCUUCCUUGGCUCGAUUUCCUUGGCAGAUCGUGUCUUUUCUACAACGGAAUCGAGAACGAGCGGGAGAUCAGGCCUUGCGGCCUUGUACCUGAGGAAUCACGCAUUUUACGUCGCGCGGUAUGUACACAUCGAAGCAGUGCCCACGCUAACGGUGCCAGAUCUCGACAAUCCCGACGCGUGUUAUGAUAGGAGCGUGAAAAAAAAAAUCAAAAUCCGCGCUGAUAAAUGAGCGUAUCCCCGAGGCUGCUGCUGACGAGCACCGCUUCUCUGCUAAACAUAGCAUGUAACGCGCGGACGGCAACGUUUCUGCAAUCGCGAAAGAUCUUUUGUACACUGGAGCCAACUUGGCAACAAUUACUCUUAGAAAAUUUGUGUAAGAGUCCCAUCUGGAAAGCUUUGAUCUCCAAUUACUUGAAGCUUGUUGUCUCUAUGGAUAAUUCUCCAUCCCGUCAGAAGUGUACAGAAGUCAAAAUGGAGCCUUAUUUUGACACUUGCUACAACCAAAGCAACACUAAUACAAUGUGCGACCUAGCGAAUGCACUACUCUAUUGUCAGACUGAUUUUGCGGAUACGACACAUAAUGUUAAAGCUAACUUAUGUACAGCUGACACUUAUGGAAAUUAUAUAGACAAAAAAAGAUACAAGACUAUAAGGAAGUGGAAACGAAUUGAGAAAGAUAGACCAUCCAAUAAUAUGGAAGAUUUUUUCAUAUUGAAACUCUUGUCCUUUAAUAUCUUGGCACAAAAUCUGUUGGAAGAUCACUCGUAUCUAUACAAUCAUAACAAGAAAGCUUUAAGUUGGAAAACACGAAAAUCCCUUGUGAUACAAGAAAUAUUCGAGGCGGAGGCAAAUAUAAUAUGCCUUCAGGAAAUGCAGGAGGAACAUCUGCUAGAUUUCGUGGCUCCAUUCAAACAGCAUGGAUAUGAAUAUCUGUAUAAAAAAAGAACCAAUGACAAGAAGGAUGGCUUACUUUUAUUAUAUCGCUCCAAUGAAUUUAUUUUGUUAGAUUAUGCAAAGGUAGAAUUAUAUCAACCCGGAAUCGAGAUUCUAAAUAGAGAUAACGUUGGUAUAAUCGCUAAACUAGCCCUCAAAGACAAUCCGGAAGCGCAAAUCGUUAUAGCUACUACUCACUUGUUAUAUAAUCCGAAACGCAACGACGUACGAUUGGCGCAGAUACAGCUUUUGUUAGCGGAAAUAGAACGGAUUGCAUUCAUCGAGAACACAACAAUGGGCCCGAAGUAUUUACCAAUUAUACUCGCAGGCGACUUCAAUUUGGAGCCAUUCACGGGCGUUUAUAAGUUCCUAACAAAAGGUUCAUUUAAGUAUUAUGGAAAAGGACGAAGUUUAGAGCCGUCUCGAUAUCGUUCUCUGUCCAAUUCAUUAAUACCACCGCGAUUAUGCGUUACCGAUAACUGUCAACACUUUAAUAUCCUGACUCAAAGAUUGCAAAGAGAAGGCACCGGUAAAGUUAUGCUGGAAAACAGCGAAUCAUGUCUUCAAAAACUAGAUAUGCUCACACCUUGUAAUACGAAUGUGUUACAACAGAGCGCAAACAGUGAUACCGAUUGCACGCAAGUUAUCGAGAUUGUGAAAGGUCAUUCCGCGAGAUUCUCGUCCGGUACUUUAACGCAUCCCUUUGACAUGCGUAGCAUUUAUACGCAUGUAGGCGCUCAUGGUGAGAAAGAAGCAACGACACAUCAGGACGAGUGGAUUACAGUGGAUUAUAUAUUCUACAGUAACGUCCAGCCUUUAGAGAAAUACGUUCUACCUACAGUAAGUCAAUGUGCCGAACUAACCCGAAUACCAAAUUUUGUAGUAGGCAGUGAUCAUUUAUGCUUAGGUGCAACCUUUCAGUUACCGAAAAAGAAAUCUCUACUUUAAAAUUAGAUAACAGCUUCUCAUGUAUAUUAUCUUCUCAAUGUAUUAAAAUUAAAUAUUUUAAUAGAA